AUGCCUUCCAACUCGAAACGAUCAGCUGCCAUGCCGACAAGCUCAUCGGGUCAAAACCCUUCCACCAGCACAGCUAAGCAGACCGCCACAACCCCAGCCUCCACCACAGCCAAUGCUAGCAGCACCACGUCGACAAUGCCACCUGUAGAAGGCGCCCCAACCGUCAACCGGAAGAAGCAAAAGAGGCGGCAGAAACAAGCUGCUCGUUUAGCCGCGGAGCAACAACGAAGCGAUCUGUCGACCCCCACAAACAGAAACGGCCAGGAUGGCAGUGAUGACUACGAUAACGGCGUCAGACAUGGACACUCUGGCAAUUCAACGCAACACAAACCUAAUGAGAGUGAAUCGAUAGAAAACCCGGAGGCAUGGUAUUCGGACGACGACCAGAACUUUCCACGCAGCCAAGCUGAAAGCCAUCAUCACCAUAAUAAUAACAGCAAUAAUAAUAUAGAUCAUUCCCAAAACAAUACCGCCAAAGGGAAGAGCAAAAAGAAGAAAGGCAAAAAGGGUCGGAAUGGAGGUCAACCCACCGAAGGAAGCUCCACGUCUCACUCAACACCUCCGCCGCCGCCUCUUACCUCUUCAACACGUCCUACUGGAGUCCCUCCGCCCCUCGUCAGCGCCUAUCGGUCAGCCCACAGGAUAUCAAAAGAUCGAAUAUGGAAUACGUCAACCCACGAAGAGCGGGAGAAUAUUAAAGAGUUUUGGCUACAGCUGGGCGAAGAGGAGCGCCGUUCGCUAGUAAAAGUUGAAAAGGAAGCUGUUUUACGGAAAAUGAAGGAGCAGCAGAAGCAUUCGUGUAGCUGCACAGUAUGUGGCAGGAAACGCACAGCCAUUGAGGAGGAGCUGGAGGUAUUAUACGACGCAUAUUAUGAAGAGCUGGAACAGUAUGCCAACAAUAACCAGGCCUCCUUUGAGAACGGCACUUCGCUCCGGCUACCCCCCCGCCUAUACCAAACUCCCAUUCGAUCCCUACACCAUCACCAUCCUCACCUACCUAGCGCCCAACAUCCAUCACGAGGAAGAGUACACGAACUGCCAGAUGAUGAUGAGGAUGAGGAGCUAGACGAAGAUUAUGAAGAUGAAGAUGAAGAUGACGAGGAACCCUAUAGUGACGAGGAUCUCGAUGUUGAUGCUAGAACAACCCGGGCCGACUUCUUUGCCUUUGGAAAUAGUCUAACAGUGAAGGACGGAAUCCUGACUGUGGCGGACGAUUUACUAAAAAACGAUGGAAAGCAUUUUAUUGAUAUGAUGGAACAGUUAGCGGAACGGCGGAUGCAGCGUGAGGAAGAGACGCAAUACAUCACGUCAGCGGCACAUCCAUCAAUGCAAGCAGGUCAUAAUCACGGGGCGCCGUUAGAUGACGAAGAUUACGAGGAUGAUGAGGAUGAAGAAUAUGACAGUCAAGAAGAGGAUGAAUUUGAGGAAGAUGAAAUGGAUGCUAUGACAGAGGAGCAGCGAAUGGAAGAGGGCCGACGGAUGUUCCAGAUAUUUGCCGCUAGGAUGUUUGAGCAACGGGUUUUAACUGCUUAUCGAGAGAAAGUCGCACGUGAACGACAGUUACGGCUCAUAGAGGAACUUGAAGAAGAAAACCGGCUUGACGAAGAGCGUGAAGCAAAGAAGGCCAAGGAAGCCCAGAAGAAAAAAGACAAGAAGAGGUUACAGAAACAGGCCAAGGAUGAGGAGAGAGCUAGACGAGAGGCUGAACGGGCUGCCGAGCUUGCUGCUCAAAAGGCUGCUGAAGAGGCAAAACUCAAGGAACAGCAACGGAAGAAAGAGGAGCAACGCAAGAAAAAGGAGGCGGAGAAGAAAGCCCAAGAGGAAGAGAGACUCCGGAAAGAAGCAGAACGGCAAAAACGGCUGAAGGAGGAGCGUGAGCGGCAAGCGGAGGCCGAGAGAAAGCAGCGAGAACAAAAGGAGAGAGAAAAAAAGAAGCGCGAGGAAGCCAAAAAGAAAGAGCGAGAGGAGCGGGAAGCCAAAGAAAAGGAGCAGCGGGAGCGGAAAGCCAGGGAGGAACGUGAGCAGAAGGCCAAAGCGGAACAGGAGAAACGAGGGAAAGACGCUGCAGCUAAGGCUGACCGCGAGCAAAGCAGACGGGAGGAAUCUGGCUCCGUUCAACCAGAGCAACAUCUACCCGCUCAAAAUCCAAAGCGAACCUCGCAACCAGGAGUGACCCAUUUUCCGCCUGGCCUUCAUCAUCCACAGCCACCAAACUUGCUCCAAUCGCCCCAUUUCCAAGUUGCUACACCUGUUAUACCAAAGGCACCGACUCCCGUUCGAGCUCGACAGGCUUCCCAACAAGGAUCUCAUGCUUCCUCGCCUCGUUCACAGCCUGCAUACGCAGACACCUUGCAAACUUCGAUCUCUCCAGGAGCUGCGCAUUCAUCUGGUGCUUCCAGCGUUGUGUCGAAUAAGGGGAUGACUCCACAUCUAAACAACUUUCAUCAACCACAGCCGUCAACACCUAUGUCACCUUUAGGAGGGCCGGGUCGUGGCCAACCACCACCAGGGUUCAAUGCUCUACCAAGUCUAAAUGGUAUCCCCGGGGCCGGAGUGCCAGGAAUGGGGCAUCGUGGUUCUCUAGGCCAUGAAUCUUCCAUGUAUCCGAAUCAGCAUAACCCCAUUGCAAGUCCGUUCAGAGGCAUCGGAUCGCCAGAAGGACUCUCUGUUCCACCAGGGAUCGUCCCAAGACAUCCCACUCAGAGCAGAGGUUUUGGCAUGGAGCCAAGUCAUGCCGCCCUACCAUUCCAUUCUUCAUUAAUGUCGGGCACUCUUGGUCCACAACCCAUUCAGAUACCUCGGGAGAAUCUUUCUCAUGGACAUGGACACACUGGACAGCUCUCCUCGUCGAUUGAUAGGAACCAUAACGAGCCUCUUCCCCUGAAUCAACCCAUAGGGUCUCGCCCUGCCCCUAUUCAACGCCCGUCAAGCAUUGUUCACGACCAUGGAAAAGAACGCUCAAAGUCGAGCCAGCCAGAUAUCGAUGAUCUUAGUACUCAACUAGGCAGCAGCGCAUUGUUGGAUGAUACGGACCUUCCACUUAAUACCGGCCCUUCGCAGCCAAUACCAGCUCCAGGAAGAAUGGCAUUCGGGACUACCCCUCUAUUCUCUGAAUCGCUGGGUUGUCCAACAUGGUCCAACAAUGCUUUCGGUGUAAUUGGAAGGCCUCACCACACUCAUACUCCGAGACCAGUCACCAUCCGUCUACUCGUCAGCCAAGCAUGCAAGAAGCUCUCUGCAAUCUCACCUGAAGGCUCCGGUUUCCAUAGCACCAGCCAAGUCUUACGCCAGAUCGAACAGCUAAAUCCCCCGCUUGACGUUCCAAUCAGCCUAGAAGAGAUAGUUGAUAUCUGUGAUACAGAAGGUAAUUCACAGAACGGUGGCGGCUCACUUAUCAUCGAUUAUGCCGGGCCCCGAGGGACCUUCAUCAAAUUCGAACCCGAUAGCGCGAGCCCAUUGUCCGGUACCAUGCCUAACACUUCCCCUGGUGACAUUGGCAGUCCUGUCCCAAGAAACAGCUACCCUGCGCACAUAGGUAGCGGUGGCAGCGUUGGUGGAUCCGGCGGCUCUAACCCCAGAUAUUUUUCUUCAGCCAAUGUUCCCCCUCCCACCGGAUGCUAA